AUGGGCGGUACAGUGGCCAAGAUCACCCUUAUUUCUAUUCUCGUCCUCUGGGCAGCCACACAGCAGGGAAAGGGAAAUGAAAUUACAGAAAAAGGCCUCUCUUUGCUGGGGUACCAUCUGUGCAACUAUAGCCUGACCAAAAAUGUGUUUAAAAUAGUUGCCUACCAAAAGUCCUAUGAGAAAAGCACUUCCUGUGGAGGAUGGAUACCGUGGAUGGUGUGUCCCCAGACGUACUAUAAAAUGCAGUAUCAUACUGUUGAAGUUCCUGAAACCAUCACUCUUACAGAUUGCUGUGAAGGAUAUGAACAAGUUGGACUCUACUGCUCUUUAGCACUUAAUAGAUCCAGUGUAUUUUCCUCAAGACCUGGUAUUUGUCCAAUGGAGAGUGUGGAAACAUCUGAUUAUCCUUGCACGUUCGAUACUGAAUGUCCAGGGCUUAAAAAAUGCUGCAACUCAUCCAAAGGAGCAGGCUGUGUGGAUCCGAUGCCAGAGGGAAGAAUGUUCUGGUACAAUGUGACAGUGCUUGUGAAAAUGGAUUUUAAUGAAUUAAUCAGAGUGGAUUCCCACCUUCUGAAUCAUUCACGCCUCUUGCACUCCAUGAUUACUGGUGCGUUGCAGCCCUUGAAUGCCUCUGUGUACCAUAUCCAGAGUAACCGUGCAGAAGUGUACGCUGGGACGGUGGCCUCUCAGGUUCUCAUUGGGCUGCACCAGCCGGCUCCACUAGCAGAGGUUUCUUCUUCCUUGAAGGACAUUGUGAAGCGCACGUAUGAAGUGAUCAACAUAGAAGUGCAAGAUGUCAAUGAAUGUUCCUAUGCUGAAUUCAACGCUUGUCCCGAGAAGAACACCUGUGUAAAUCUGGAGGGUUAUUACAACUGUGACCCUCAACACAAACCUGCAGAUGUCAACUAUCACCAGCUGAGCACAAGAGAGGAAGGCAUGGCAGCAUCUACUCCAAGUUCAGUGUUAGGUCUCAUUAACACUAGCAAUAGCUCUCCGUCUAUGAGUAAUUCAAGUCUCUUGUUCAUGACUAACCAAUCUACAGAUGCUGGGUGCUAUCCCUCUGCAGUUAGAAACCACCGAAUAUUCAACGUUACCAGCAAUAGUUUUGAAAUGUCCUGGCUUGUCACUUCUGCUCUGAACCAUACUUUCCAAGUCCAAGUGUUCAAGGGCGAAGAGAUUGUACAAAACCUGAAGACAGAGGAAAUGAAAAUGGACGUGUCUGGACUGGAAGCAGGUGUGAUCUAUUCAGUAGAGAUCAGCUAUGAAACUUGUGGAAAAAGCAGCAUCUCCCGUCAAAAUGUUAAAACAGAGGCCAAGAUAUUCAUUAUUACUAUGAGGAUUCUCAACUACAACUUCACUGAAGAUUUCUAUAAUGCCAGCAGCUCAGCAUAUGAAGAUUUUUCAAGACUGUUGCUUACAGAGCUUGAAAAUUCAUUUCCACUCAACAUUUCUGCUUUAUACAAAUCUGGGAAGCUGAAAGUGCAGACUGAAUCCCUGCAAGCCGGAAGCAUCAUUGUGAGGCUCAGAAUCACUGUGCAGGAUUAUGAGUUUCCAGCUGAUGCCUCCACAUUUACCCCAGUGCUUUCGUACCUGCAUAAUCGUUCUUCGCUUUUGGUGGAUCAGCAAAACACUGCAGUAGAAGACUGGGAUGAAUGCGCUUCUCACACCGAGAAUGACUGCUCUGUGUUUGCAGAGUGCAUCAAUUUGAUGGGCUCAUACUUGUGCAGAUGCAAGACAACCAUGGAUACCAAUCCAUCUCGACCUGGAAGAAACUGUGAGGGUGAGAUUGUGGGCCCUCUCACUGAAACAACGGCUCCUGAAGUAACGAACAGUACGGAGUUUGCUCCUGAAGAAGUAAGCCUUGCAGGCCCUGCUUCCCCUCCCACCACUGAGAUGGUGGCUGCUGUAGGCUCUGAGAUCAGACCUGCCGUAAACAUCCCUGCUGCACUGCCCCUGGGUGACAAGCGAGUGCCCCAUGGUCAUUCUGCCACCAGCGCUCCUCCAGACCCUUGGAAAAAAGGCCUGACACCACAGAUGGGCUUUGGUGGGGACAACAGCCCCAUGGCCACGGAGGUCGCAGCCAGCAAGGAAGUGGCCAUGAACACAGCGUGGCUGGCGACCGUAAGUCCAUUGCAGCAAAGCUCUGCAGCUGAGGCUUCCCCCAAUGCAUCACAGCAAGCAGCUGCUCUCACAAAUGCACCCGUGGGCACAGCUGGGCAAGGGCAGCUCAGUUCACCAUCGCUGGUGUUUCCAAAUCAAACAGCCUUUGCUACCACUAGAAGUCACACAGCUUUUGGUGAGCCUCAAGCCAACUCUCAAGGUGGUCCUGGCACAGCUCUGCCAGCCACAGGGGAUGCUGGUGCUCACACCCCCAACGACACUCUCAGAGCACAUGUAGAGACAGGAAGAGAGAAAAGCUCUUGGUCCAAGGAAUACUCUGGAGCCCUGGGGUCAUCAGCUCUGCCAGACGUCUCUCCAGCUCCCAGCCCAACGCCAGGCCAAACCGUGGACCGCACUGUCCGGAAACUUAGUGGCAUGGUGCGGAUAACAAAUGUGGAAUACUCUCUGGGCUUUAGCAAUACAAGCAGCGAGGAAUACCAAACCUUUGCACAGCUCUUCGUUAAUGAAGUACAUAAAUCUCUGCCCCUUGAGGUUCUUCAGCAGAUGGAUGCUGGUCUGAUUAAAGUGUUGGUAAUGGGUAUUACUAAUGGGAGCACAGUGGUAAGUUUCAAUUUACUGAUCGCAGAAGAUGUGGAUAUCUACUACAUCAACACCACUUUUCGUGAUGCCUUUGAACACAGCUCCUAUUUCACAGUUGACAAGAGCAGUCUCUCCAUAAAUG